AUGCCCUGCCUUGGAGCACUCCAUCUACCCGCCUUGGAGCGCUCUGCCUACUCACCUCAGAGCUUCCUGCUUCCCCUGUCAAUAUUUCCCAUGCGGCAUCUUUGGAGCGCUCUAUCUACCCGCCUUGGAGCGCAUGAACUACCCGCCUUGGAGUGCUCCAUUUACCCGCCUUGGAGUGCAUCAUCUACCCGCCUUGGAGUGCUCCAUUUACUCGCCUUGGAGCACUCCAUCUAUCCGCCUUGGAGCGCUCUAUCUACCCGCCUUGGAGCGCAUCAUCUACCCGCCUUGGAGCGCUCUAUCUACCCGCCAUGGAACGCUCUAUACCCGACUUGGAGCGCACCAUUUACUCGCCUUGGAGCGCUCUAUACCCGCCUUGGAGCACUCCAUCUAUCCGCCUUGAAGCGCUCCAUUUAUCCGCCUUGGAGCACUCUAUACCCUCCUUGGAGCGCUCCAUUUACCCGCCUUGGAGCGCUCGCUCUACCCACCAUGGAACGCUCUAUACCCUCCUUGGAGCGCUCCAUUUACCCGCCUUGGAGCGCUUGCUCUACCCACCAUGGAACGCUCUAUACCCGCCUUGGAGCACUCUAUCUACCCGCCUUGGAGCGCUCUAUACCCGCCUUGGAGCACUCCAUCUACCUGCCUUGGAGGGCUCCAUCUACCCGCCUUGGAGGGCUCCAUCUACCCGCCUUGGAGCACCCCAUCUACCCGCCUUGGAGGGCUCCAUCUACCCGCCUUGGAGUGCUCUAUCUGCCUGCCUUGGAGCGCUCUCCCCAUUCACCGCAGAGCUUCCUACUUCCCCUGUCGAUAGUUCCCAUGCGGCAUCCUCGGAGCUCGCCUCUACAUCAUCACGGCCCUGUCCUCAGCCUCAGCCUCAGCCUCAGCCGUCCUAACCCUCCGUCUCUUUCCUCCCUGUCCUGUAGUCCCCCCGCCAUGUGUAGUCCAUGUUGA